UCAAGUUUUUCUAGUACAUCCAUGUCCAUUACGUUUUUUGCGACUACUCGUUCUAGUCAUACUUAGCAUAUUGGAUCUUUGGUGUUACUGGUGUUAGAGUAAAAAAGUAAAAUAUUGCCUUUUUUUUUGUUUGUGCAGAUUGUGUUUAUUAAUUCUACAGAAAAAUGAGUGGAGACGCUUAUUCAGAACGUACAUUCAUCAUGGUUAAGCCGGAUGGUGUUCAACGCGGCCUGGUAGGCAAGAUAAUCAAACGCUUUGAGGAAAAAGGAUUCAAAUUGGUUGCAAUGAAAUUUAUGUGGGCAUCAGAAGAAUUGUUAUCAAAACACUAUGCUGAUUUAUCAAGCAGGCCAUUUUUUCCUGGCCUUGUCAAGUAUAUGUCUUCUGGACCUGUAGUACCAAUGGUUUGGGAAGGAUUGGAUGUUGUUAAGACUGGACGUUUCAUCCUUGGUGCAACAGACCCAAAAAACUCAAAUCCUGGUACAAUUAGAGGUGAUUUAUGCAUCCAAGUUGGCCGCAACAUAAUUCACGGUUCGGAUGCUGUAGAAUCAGCCAACAAAGAAAUUGCUUUGUGGUUUUCGGAGAAAGAAGUGGUAUCAUGGUCAAGAUCCAGUGAUUCUUGGUUGUAUGGUGAAAACUAAAAUAUUAACUAAACAGUGAUUAUUUAGCAUAUAAACAAUUACUUGAUCAAUAGUUUUAAUUUGGGUAGUUAUUAUUAAAAAUAUUAAAUAACUGUUGCGUUGUGCUCAUUUGCAAUUCUUUAAAAAAUGAAUCAAAUAUUAAAUCUUUUAUUGUAAAAAUAUUAUUCUUAUAAAUAACAUAUUAUGUUGUAUACAUCAAUUAAAAUUUUAUGAUAUUGAAUAA